AAUUCUUUUCGCCGUCUGUGCAAGUGCAAACGUACCAGACAUAUUUGAUUUAUUUCUUUUUCCCCGCUUCUUAAUUUCCUUUUUCAUUUCCCUUCAAUCGCUUGGAUGGUUUCACUGAUUCUUGAAUCAUCAGCUCUCUAGAAUAUUUCUUUGAUUGAAAGAACUCUAUUUUCACGUCUGUCGAUUUUUAUUGGAGCCUAUUUGAUCGGGGAAGCAAUGCCGUUUGAAGCCUCACGUGAAUGUCGUUUAUUAGCUGGAAUAGUUAUUUGCGUUGAAUCAGCCGAUGAUGCGAUAGAGUAAAGGUAUCAGAACAACUUCUAUUCAUAUGCAAAUCUUCGCUUGAAGGGGAUCCUUGGACUGUAUGAUGGAUCAAUUUCAACUUGUUGCCUUCAGACUUGCGCUACUAGAUCAAAAUUACGUGACUAUCAGUAGAUGCAUCAAGACUGAGAUCAGUUUUCAAUUACACGUAGGUGCUUGUUGACAUCAGUAACCCAUGGGGGGCUGGGUUAUUGGAGCAUUUAUCAACGUUAUUGGUAGCAUUGCCAUAAACUUUGGGACAAAUCUUCUAAAGUUGGGUCAUGAUCAGAGAGAACGACUUUCUAUGCUAGAAAAUGAUGGAACCAAUGGAAAUAUUGUCUUGAAGCCGAUCAUAUACUUCCAGACUUGGAGAGUUGGUAUUCUAUUUUUUGCUGUAGGGAACUGCCUUAACUUCAUUUCUUUUGGAUAUGCUGCCCAGUCCCUUCUUGCAGCCCUGGGAUCUAUUCAGUUUGUAUCAAACAUUGCAUUUUCAUACUUUGUCUUGAACAAGAUGGUGACCGUCAAGGUACUGGUUGCCACCACCUUUAUUGUUAUUGGAAAUAUCUUUCUUGUGGCUUUCGGCAAUCACCAGUCUCCUGUUUACACACCAGACCAGUUGGUGGAGAAGUACAGAAACAUCAUAUUCCUUCUUUACUGCCUUAUUUUGGUCUUGGUUGUAGCUGUGCAUCACUCCAUUUACAGGAGAGGAGAGUUUGUUCUUGCUGUAUCUGGACAUGAUCUUAAUCCUUGUUGGCACAUGUUGCUGCCCUUCUCCUAUGCUGUUGUUUCUGGUGCUGUAGGAUCAUGCUCAGUGUUGUUUGCAAAAUCCCUGUCUAAUCUGUUAAGAUUGACCAUGUCCAGCAGUUAUAAGUUGCAUAGCUGGUUCACAUACUCAAUGCUUCUUUUGUUUCUUAGCACAGCUGGAUUUUGGAUGGCACGAUUGAACGAAGGCCUGUCACUGUUCGAUGCAAUUCUUAUUGUCCCAAUGUUUCAGAUUGCUUGGACCUUUUUCUCCAUUUGUACAGGAUUUGUAUACUUUCAGGAAUAUCAGGUCUUUGAUGCACUCAGGACAACAAUGUUUGUACUGGGAAUGAUGUCUGUCUUUAUAGGCAUUUCAUUAUUGGCACCUGAUGAAACAAAAGGUGUUGAAGUGAGGGGUUCUUCUUUGCUUUCUUCAACAUCUCCAGUAAUUGCAGAUGAUAUGGACAGGCUUCUUAAUCUGCCAUCUGAAGAGACAGAAAUAAGGGACCUAAGAUCAUUUGGGCAACUGCUACUGGUAAAGGCUACAUCUAUACUGAGCAAGGCAAAGACUGCUUGUACACUAUCAUUAGGUCUAGGAGAGGACUCGAUCAAUGCGUCUUCAGUUCUUGUAAUGCCCAUGGUAUCUUCAAGGAUGAAUGGAUUUAGAGGAUCAGGAUUUGAUCGGACCAAGCUUUUCUCCUUGAGAAGACCUGGUUGGAGUAGGAUCUCAAUGGAUGAGGAUGCUGAAAUGGAGAGAAGUUCUAUGCUAUCACAUAACCGUGGGUAGGGGUAGCAAUACAUCAUGAUGUCCGUUCAGAAGGACAUGGAGUUUCUUUUUCUUGUAUUCUUGUAUCUUGAUUGUAUAGAAAUUAUAUUUCUUUCGAUUGUCUUUCAUAAUGGGUAUACUGUAGUCUCAAGUUGUAACUUAUCAAGGCAAUUGAACCAUAGUUUUAAAACUCUCUUCUCUUUGGGAUU